AUGGCGGAAAAUGUUGAGCAAAUGCUCAUUGCUGCGGACGGAAUACUUAAAGAAGCGGGCAUCAACAUAUCACUCCAGGCAAUCCUCCUCACGACAGUAUCAUGUAUCGCCCCUGUGAUAGUUUUACUCGUUCUCGCCGCCCUCAAAACACCGAAAUCACUACCUUCGCCAGCUGGUUGCAGAAAACUGGGACUCCGAGGACGCAGUAACCUGGAAGACCAGUACUCGAAAAGAUAUGCAAAGGGCGGCGACCCCACCCCAGAGAAGCCAUGGACGGUGAAGGCACUCUUUGUUUACCCGCUCAAGUCAGGUGCACCUGUCGAAUUGGAUAAGAGCGAUAUCGAUCGUACAGGACUGAAGUAUGAUCGCCAGUUCGCUCUUGCCCAACAAGUUACGAGCCUGCCUACGCUUGACGGGAAGGUCACAAGUGAAUGGCACUUCAUGACCCAAAGAAAAUUUCCUCGCCUUGCCAAAGUCGAGACUGAAGUUUGGGUACCUGAUCCAUCAGCAAGAGGCUACAAAGAAGACGGAGAAUGGGUGAAAAGCGAUGGAUGCCUGGUAAUCCGUUUUCCUUUUUCUCCCGACACCGAUUUCACUAUGGAAGGCUUGAUAAACUACGGAAAGAUCAUGUUGGCGAGAUUGAGCCGAAAACCGGAGCCGACGCUGGAGUUCAGAGUACCGUUCAACCCCUCGCAGGAGAGGAUCAAGAGCAAGGGAUAUCGGAAUGAAGUUUUGCGUAUCUGGAAAGAUAGCCCAGUAGCACUCAAUGUUAGCUCGGAGAUUGAUCGUGAGAUGUUCGAGAAGCUGAGGUAUACACUCGGUGCGGCAAACCCAAUUGCGCUGUUCAGAAUUGACACGAAUGCGUAUCGAGAGGUACACAAAUGCGCGCCCAAGAAGGAGGACGUUGGAUUUGAGACGGUCAUCGGAAUGCAUGACUCCUACCCAAUCCAUAUUCUGAAUCUCGCCUCCGUCCACGACGUAGCAUCUAAGCUUCCCAACCUCUCUUCCGAUUUUGGGGAAAUCUGGCAGAGGCAUCUUACUCUCCUCGACGCCCUGCGCUUCCGCGCAAACAUCUACAUCACAGGCCCUCCUGCUUUUGCCGAGGAUGACUGGAAGAAGGCAAAAAUUACCUCAUCCGAUUCUACAUCCUCCUUAGACAUGCACAUCUCCUGUCGCACAACAAGAUGCAAAUUGCCAAACGUUGACCCAAAGACCGCUGUAGCCGACAAGAACGAGCCAUUGACCACACUGAGGAGUUACAGAAUCAUCGACGAGGGAUCUAAAAAUGCUUGUUUGGGUAUGCAAGUCACGCCAUUGGAUGUGGGGGCCGUCGCAGUAGGCGAUAAGAUUGAAGUGCUAGAAAUUGGAAAGCAUUUGUUCGAUGGAGGCAAAGGAAAGAAGGUCGAUGGUUGA